UACAAAGUGAGUACAAUGGUUUGUUCAUGUUUAGUUCGACUUUUGAAAUGGGCAAUAGUUAUAGCAAUAGCUACUUUCGCGAUACAGUUCUGGUUAGAAACAAAGACGUAUUUAUUCGACGAUGCAAGUAUCGCGAAAAUUGCUGAGAAAUAUGUUGGUUUACCACAUGAAGAAGCCUUCGCUAAAAUUACCCCAGUCUUGAGAGAUAAAUAUGGAUCAGAACAUUUUUUACAAGAUGAUGACAUGCAGUGGAUAUUUGUGAAUGCUGGUGGAUGGAUGGGCUCCAUGUGCUUACUUCAUGCAUCACUCACUGAAUAUGUGUUAUUCUUUGGUACUGCAGUAGACACAGUUGGACACUCAGGGAGAUAUUGGGCUAAUAUAUCGGAUACUAUCCUAACUGGCAGCUUUAGACAAUGGAAGGAAGGGGAAUUAAAAAGUGAAGUCUUUAAACCUGGUGAUACCAUUGUACAUGUAUUCGGAGAAGCUACAGCUGUGCAGUGGUCACAUGACACAUGGGUAUAGCGGAUGCCCAACGUAUAACAAACAUUACCCAGUGGCAAAAACACCCUCGGCUGAUGCUCAGUGCUCUCAUAGUAAGAUCGUCUAAAAGUAACAUUGACGAACUCAGCUACAUGUACGUUUUCAAGUAGCAUCCGUCCUUAUCCAGUGGAUCUGAUACAUGACCGUACUCGCACCGGACAUGCAUAUAAUGUUCAACGGUCGAUAACAGACAUGGAACAUGUAUUAACUAAUAAAAAUGAUGGUCCGCCAUGAAUUAAUAAUAUUAACAUGUGCUUUUCUUUGAACUGGACAAGUACAGAAUAAAGAAUACAUGUAACCCAUGUAACAUACAAAACGCAUACCAGCGCAUUGCUUCCAUAUAUCUAAUGGACAACUUUGUUCGGUGAUGUACUUUCCAAAUUUUGAAAAUGUAUAACCACGCAAGAAAAAGCGCAGGGGCUGCACAAAGAGCCGUAAGGAAAUGCUUGCGAACUGGCCUGAACUGAUUAAAAAAUGUUGUUAUGUCUUGGAUGUUCGUCAGUGCUAUACAGUGUAGUGUGACCAAUGCUUUAGGUGUACAGAGGUGGAUCCAAGGUUUGACAAUUGAAUACCGUCCAAGACUGAAAUAUUUAUUAUGCCAUUCAAAUUCUGAGAAUUUUCACUGUUUUUGUACUUUCUGGCAACAUUUUUUGGUGAAUAUCUGACUACCGCAAGGACAUAAGUUUUAAUACGCUUGGAUCCACUUCUAGGGGUAUAUUGGGUCACUUUAGUGGCUGGAUUGAAAUUUGAUAUACUAGUAAUGUAAUUAUGACUUGUAUUUCAGGCAUUUCUUUGAAUGCCCACAAGAGGGUGCAAUUGAAGUAUUACAGUCAUCGUACGAAGCCAUGUUCGAUAUGAGAUAGUGGCGUAUAUCCAUCGCUGGUGUAGCACUUUAACUGAGCAGUAGAAUGAAUAUGACAAUGUUGUACAGUUUGGUUACAUCAUAUAUAUAUAUAUAUAUAAGGGAUGUCAUGCAAUGGCAAUAACGCUGAUAAUUAUACAUCUGUCACCAUAAGUUACAGUGUGUCGUAAUUUAGCCACUAUUGCACGAGAUACCUGCAUCCAACCAUAUUAGAAAAUGCGAAUUCAAAAUACAAAAAGUUACAUAUUUUUGUGGUGGUGGGCAUUUUUAUAUUAUAACGAGAAUGUUCCAAUAAUUGUCACCAUUUUGCUCAGUUCAAUCGUAAAUAGACUGAUGAUUCAAUCUAGUUUUAAGGUACUGCAUUAGCAUUUCAGAAUUAGCUAAGGCUGUAUGUACACAGAGAAAAAUGAAAGAAAUUAAUUUAAGUGCUACACUUUUUAAGCGUUGCGCUGAUUGGCUACAUGUCUUUGACCAAUCAGCACACGGCUUAUGCAACAGGGCUACAUUAGUAAUGCUUUGUAGUUACAGUGACACAAUAUGGCUGCACAUGUGAAAAUAGAUCAGCCACACCUGCUGAUUCAGUUUCAUGAAUUGAUAAAAAUACUACAUUGAUUAGUUUAACAUACUGGUAUAUUUAUAACACAUUUUAAUAUAUGCUUUAAUUAACAUUCUAGUUGAGAAUAUAUAAACUUAUUAACUAAAUUCAAAAUAUUGAAUUUGUUGAUUUGGCAUAGUAUUUUAUGUAUUAAAAUAGCAUUUGAGGUGAA